AUGCAUAUUCGUCGUGGGAUAGAAAAGGGCUUCGUUGGUUGUUGCUGGAAGAAAAGGGGACGCGUGGUAGUACAAAUCGACCAGUUCAGCUCCCAGGUCCUUCUCCGAACGACAAACAGCAAGGUGGAGGGUACAAAAGGAAUUGAUUCGAGAGCGAGGGGUUGUUUGCCGUUGCAGAGUCACACGACGGGGUGUCUAAGGAACGGCUACAGGACAAUCGUCAAGAGAGGCCGGGGCAGCUUCUGCGGCAAAGCGUGUCUCAGCAGGAGGUGUGUGAAACGCUAUGGCGCUGCAGCACCCAAUACGCCAUCCCCGCAACACGGAGCCGCCAGUGCAUGGUGCGUCUCUGGAUGGUGCAGGACAGCCUUUCCUGGCCUUGCGCUGGCAAAAAUGGGGGCCGCACAAAUAAACCUCCGACACUUUGCAACCUCUCGUUGCCAAUCGUUUCCAACCACACCCGAUGCAACAACCUACUGCACCUUUACCUGCACUCCAGGCAAAUAUCCGAGCUUUGCUAUCGUUGAAUUGAUAUAA